AGGAACGAGCAGUCGUCAGCUGUCGUUUCAUAUUUUGUAAUUUAUUUUUAAUUAAUUAUAAUAUUAUUUAACGAUAACAAUUUAAAAAUAGUAAUAAAUGUACUACAAGAAAAACUGGAAUCUAAAAUUAACAUUUUUAUAGUUCUAUCUUAAAUAUGUACUUACAUAUUUAGCAAAAGUUGUCUAACCGAAACUUCUAACAUAGUCGGCUUUAGUGUCGUGUAUUCCUAUCAGUUACGUAUUACCGCAUUGCUUGCAUUCACCAGUGUCCUAAGAAGCAGUUUUUUUGGAUAAAUUAUACCCGUACUAAUUAUACCAGUUGAGUAUAAAAGGUAUAAGAAAUGAGUUUAGAAUCAAUAAGAUAUGAGAGAGGAAGACUAGAAAUUCUGGACCAACUGUUACUGCCUCUGCAGACAAGAUAUGUUAAGGUACAGGGGGUUGAAGAUGGAUGGAAAGUUAUUAACAAAAUGCAGGUGAGAGGUGCUCCUGCCAUAGCAAUUGUUGGAUGCUUAUCAUUGGCUAUUGAACUACUAAAAGAUGAGUGCUCAGAUAAAAAAAUUAUGAGGCAAGAGAUCGAAGGCAAAUUAAACUAUCUGGUGUCGGCGAGGCCAACAGCUGUAAAUAUAAAAUUAGCGGCGGAUGAUCUUAUUAAUUUGGCAAAUAGUUUGAGCGCAGAUGAGAAUGUCACAGCUAAUGAUUUUAAAGAGAGGUUCAUUAAAAGUAUAGAAAACAUGUUAAUAAAGGACAUAGAAGACAACAAGGCGAUAGGCAAGUUUGGCUGUGAGGCUAUACUGAACAGUUUGGAAGGGGACAGUCAUGUGCGCGUGCUCACACACUGCAACACUGGCUCCCUCGCCACGGCGGGAUACGGCACUGCGCUGGGCGUUAUACGGUCACUGCAUGCGGCGAAACGAUUAGAGCACGUGUACUGCACGGAAACCCGGCCGUACAACCAAGGCGCCAGGCUCACGGCCUACGAGCUGGUUCACGAGAAGAUCCCCGCCACGCUCAUAGUUGAUAGCAUGGUCUCAGCAUUGAUGCACGCGAGGAGCAUCACUGCGGUGGUGGUUGGGGCUGACAGGGUAGCAGCGAACGGUGACACCGCAAAUAAAAUAGGCACAUAUCAAAUAGCGAUAGUUGCGAGAUACCACAACGUUCCGUUCUACGUGGCCGCGCCUCUCACCUCCAUAGACAUGGCUCUGAGCACCGGAGACAAGAUCAAGAUAGAGGAGCGGCCGGACAGGGAGAUGACACAUAUUGGAGAACAUAGGAUUGCGGCACCCGGUAUAAAUUGUUGGAAUCCAUCAUUUGAUGUGACUCCAGCCGCCUUAAUAACAGGGAUCAUUACCGAAAAAGGUGUUUUCGCUCCCGACAGAUUAUACGAAGAAGUUCCUAAAUAAUAUACAAGAAUCAUUUUAUUGUUCUUAUGUUUAGAUCUUAUUUAAUACAGUUCCUACAUUUUGAAUAAAGGCGCGAACACAUUACUGUGUGAAGGUUUUCAAGACGCCACAGAAUGCUAUCGGAGUCAAUAAUUUUUAAUAAAGACGUGCGUGCACACACUAGUCUGUCGUAGCAGUUAGACUCGCUGCGAUUUCGAUUGUCACGUCUAAUUGUGAUGCAACACAGCACAACGUGUAAUGUUUGUAGCUUAGGACCAGAGACUGAUCUGGAACUUCGUCGCACUAAGGGUCAUAGCAGAAACGAUGCUUAUAGCAUCAGAGAUUUGUUGCUUUUCGGAAGCAAGAUUGAAUGCUCGACGCCGCACACAUGCAACCUCUAGUUGCAGCAAUCAUUUUAUUUAUUAUUUCAAUUUCAAUGCAGUGAUAGAAUUCAAAACACAGUGCGGCAUCGUUAUAGUCGUAAAUUGACCGAUCACUGAUGCUAAAAGCACUGCUAUGAUCCUUGAUUGCACUCUAACCACGCGACAAACCUAAGCGAAGAUUUCGCUUGAAUUUUGCGAGUUCAGUAAAAGUAACGCUCUAAGUUGCGGGAAUUCCGUGUCAACCCGGCAUUGUCGCGGAUAUGC